AUGGCACACCCCGUCGCUCAAAGUCCCACUGUUACCCUUCCCUUGACCACGCCCAACCCCGCUGCCGUCUCCACGCCGUCGCACUCUGUCGCCCUCGCCGCCCCCCCUGGCAGCGCUGCCUCCUCUUCCAACACGUUCCUCAUGUCCGCCAGUCCCGUGCGCAGUCGCAAAUCCAUUGGCGAUGGCUACAAGCCGAAGAUGAUCUCCACCAUAGGCGCCAAGCCCGCCUGCCUUGUCAAUGCAUCCGUUACCUACGUCGGCGACGACCAGAUCUACGCUUUCGGCGGAUUCGACCAGUUCACCGACGAAGUCUACAACCACGUCCUGCGCCUGAACCUCGUCACCCGCCAGUGGAAUCUCGUCGACAACUAUGGCGACAUCCCUGGCGUGCGCAUGGGCCACACAGCCUGUCUCUGGCAAGGCAGCAAGCUCCUGGUCUUUGGCGGUGAAAACGAGCAUCGCCAGCACCUCGCCGAUGUCAUCGUCUUCGACCUGAAGACAGCACACUGGACCCAGCCCGAGCUGCACGGCGUCCUCCCGCGCGGACGAGCUCGACACUCUGCCGUCAUCUACGACGACAAGCUGUACAUCAGCGGUGGCCAGACAGGACACGACAGUGUCCUGGACGACAUCUGCUAUCUCGACUUGAAGACGUGGACCUGGUCGCGCUCAUGGCGAUUCGUGCCACGAUACGACCACGCCAGCUGGAUCUCCAACGGCCGCAUCUGGAUCUUCGGCGGUAUCAACGACGACCUGGAGAAGAACACCGAGAUCUGGUGGCUUGAUCUGCGAGGCAGCCCCGAGUUCGACAAUGCCAUGAAGUACGGGACCGGCGACCGCCAAACGGCUUCCUCACGACAGAGGUUUCAAGCACCUGCUUCGGGCCAUCUCACGGCGACCGGUAGCACCGGCUACACCGCCAACUCGAGCGUGCAGUCGUACCACGGCAUGAGCGCGAAUCGAUCACCAUACGUCGCGUCGGGCUCCAUAUCAUCGCUCAAGUUCCAUUCGAGUCCAAAUCUGCCGUCGCAGGCGUCAGGCACCCACUUCCACGUCUUCUCGUCCGGCUGUCUCCUCGACUUUGUCACCCCUGCAGAGCUCAACUGCGAAACAAGUCUGUCCAGUUUGGAGCUGGAUACCCUCCGAUGGCAGAAGAUCGCAGACGGCAAGGACCUCUACAGCCCAAACUACCGCUGGCAUUACUGCACGACAAACCCCGAAGGUACACACGCUUGGCUGCUGGGCAGCCCCGUCGAAACGACAGCGGACGGCACACACAACAGCGAGUAUCUCAGCGACGUCCUUGCCAUUGAUCUACGCAAGUUUGGCGUUUUGGGCAACGAACUCGCUUCUGAUGCACGAUCGAAAUCAAUGCCGUCCUCAGAUGCCAACGUAUCUUCGCAUCUCACCGGCAUUGGCGCAGACCUGUCGAUGACCUUUGACCAGGCCCCAGAAACGGGUAGCGGCGCCGACUUUACCAUUACCGCUGAUGCUGACGACGAUGAAAACGUCGGUACAGAGUCUGCAACUGAGGGGACUUCCGUUUCCCUGCCAAUCCAUGUACACAAGUUUAUCUUGCACGCUCGAUGGCCGCACUUUGCUAGGUUGUGGAGUGCUCAGAUGUCCGAGUUUCAUUCCAAGAAGAUGCACAUCCCAGAGCCAUACUCGGCCGUUCGCGCCUUCUUGUUUUACCUCUACACCGACAGCAUCGCACCGAACCCGCACAACGGUCCUACCUUGAACGAUGUUGCCGGCAUGCUUGUCAUGUCAAAUAUUUAUGACAUGCCUCGUCUUCGCCUACUGUGCGUGAACCGCCUUGCCCGAGAGCUGGACAUAGAGCAUGCAGCCACCAUCUGGGAGCGCGCAGCCACUGCAGGCGAAGACUGGCUCAAACAGCGAGCAGCAUCCUUUUGUUUGCAGAACUUUGGUCGUGUUGUGCGCACGGCCGGUUUCAAGAGUUUGCCUGCAGCGAGCCUCGUUGAACUCUGCAACGAAGCCACGCCCGAGUCGCGCGUCGUCGGCGGCGAGGAUCUCGAGCUGCUGGGCCAGAAUCGGUUCGGCGUCAUAACCAACCGCAAGAGGAGUCUUGGCAGUGCCGGUGUGCUCACUGCGGGUGAAGAGGAAGGCGACGAAGAUGUUGAGGAUGAUGGGAUGGAUGUCAACUAG